CCUGCAUCAGAGCUGAAGAAAGACCAGAUGGUGCCGAAAGAGGAGAAUCAAGAACUGAAUGAAACCGAAGAGAAAGAUCAAAAUGAGAAACAUCAUGACUUUAUGACCUCUCAAAAAAGUGCUCCGGAGACUGGAACUAGAGGUAGUUUCACCUGCCAGCAGUGUGGAAAGUGUUACAAUCAGAAAGGAAACCUUAAAGUUCACAUGAGAGUUCACACUGGAGAGAAGCCUUUCACCUGCCAACAGUGUGGAAGAAGUUUCCCACGAAAAGAAAGUCUUAAGUCUCAUAGUAGAAUUCACACUGGAGAGAAGCCGUUCACAUGUGAUAAGUGUGGAAAGAGUUUCUCACAUAAAGGACCCCUUCAUACUCACAUGAUUGUUCACGCUGGAGAGAAACCUUUCACCUGCAAACUGUGUGGAAUAAUGCUUAAUCGAAAAGGAAAUCUGAAGACUCACAUGAGAAUUCACACUGGAGAGAGGCCUUUCACCUGCCAGCAGUGUGGAAAGUGUUACAAUCAGAAAGGAAACCUUAAAGUUCACAUGAGAGUUCACACUGGAGAGAAGCCUUUCACCUGCCAACAGUACCUGAUGUCCCUGAAAAAGGAGAGUCAAGGACUCGAUGAAAAGGAAGAUAAAGAUCACUGGUGCUGA